GCGGCGAGGUGGAGUAUGCUUGAAGUGAAAAACUAAACCAAACCCCCCCUCCUCCCUCCACCUGCACCUCUGUUCUCCUCCUUGAUUAUUUUGCGGAGCGGUUUAGGGGGUAUUUGUCGCACCCGGGGCGAAUCGACAGCAGGAAUCGGAAUCGCAGAAGUGAUUGAUAGGAGACUUAGCGGCGCGCGCAUCCGCCUGAGCAUGGCGGCGCACAAGCCCGUGGAAUGGGUCCAGGCCAUCAUUAAUCGAUUCGACGAACAGCUCCCAACUAAAACGGGACAGCAGAGCACCCACACCAAAGUGAGUACAGAGCACAAUAAAGAAUGUUUGAUCAACAUCUCCAAGUACAAAUUUGCCCUCGUCAUCAACGGUCUGACCAACAUACUCAAAAAUGUGAACAACAUGCGGAUCUUUGGCGAAGCUGCCGAGAAGAACCUCUACCUCUCCCAGCUGAUUAUCCUGGACACACUGGAGAAGUGUCUGGCAGGGCAACCCAAGGACUGCCUGAGGCUGGAUGAGGCCAUGUUGGUAAAACAGUUGCUCCCUGAAAUUUGUCACUUCCUGCACUCGUACCGUGAGGGCCAGCAGCACGCCGCUCAGCUGCGCAGUUCUGCCUCUGCCGUGCUCUUCUCUCUCAGCUGCACCAACUUCAAUGCCGUCUUCAGUCGUAUCUCCACCAGGUUGCAAGAGUUCACAGUUUGUACAGAGGACACAGUGGAUGUCCAUGACAUUGAGCUCAUCCAGUAUAUCAACGUAGACUGCUCCAAGUUAAAGAGACUCCUACAAGAAACAGUACUUAAAUUCAAAUCUUUGAAAAAGCCGGCUCAGCUUGCAGUAAUCAGCAGUUUGGAAAAGGCUUUUUGGAACUGGGUUGAACACUACCCUGAUGAGUUCACUAUGCUCUAUCAGAGACCCCAUGCUGACAUGGCCGACUGUGCAGAAAAACUGUUUGACCUGGUGGACAGUUUUGCAGAGAGUGCAAAGAGAAAGGCAGCUGUGUGGCCUCUACAGAUCAUCCUCCUCAUCCUCUGUCCAGAGAUCACUCAGAGCAUCACCAAAGAAGUAGGGGGGGAGGAAAAAGCUAACAAGAAGUCAUUUGUGGACAGUCUACGGAAGGCUCUGGGACAGCACAGCGGCAGCAGACAGUUGACCGAGAGUGCGGCCGUCGCAUGUGUCAAACUCUGCAAAGCCUGCACCUACAUCAACUGGGAGGACAAUUCCGUCAUCUUUCUCCUAGUUCAGUCCAUCGUCAUGGACCUUAAGGGUCUUCUGUUUAACCCUACUAAGCCAUUCUCGAGGGGUGCGGGCUGCCAGAGCGCCGAUGUGGAUUUGAUGAUUGACUGCUUUGUGUCAUGUUAUCGCAUCAAUCCUCGUAACAACCAGCAUUUUAAGGUAUUCCUGGCCUCGACUUCUCCUCCUACCUUCUAUUUCGUCCUGGUCAACUCCCUGCACAAAAUUAUCACCAAUUCACACCUGGACUGGUGGCCGAAGAUUGACGCCAUCUACUGCUACUCAGGAGAACUGCGCACCAUGUUUGCAGACACAUUGGGCCGAGUGGUUCAGAGUCUCGGUGCCCAUCCACCUCUGAGGAUGACAUCAAGUCUGACAUUCAAAGAGAAAAUGACGACUAGUUUAAAGUUCAAGGAGAGGUCCACUGACCUUGACUCGCGUUCUCUGCUGCUGGCCCUGGUCAAACUCAUCCAUGCUGACCCCAAACUAAUGCUGCAUAACCCAGGGAAACCAGGUCAAGAGAUCCAGAACAGCACAACUGAGCUCAUCAAAGGUCUGGUCCAGCUGGUUCCUCUCAACCACAGUGCAGAGCUUUCACAGGAAGCCAUGGAGGCACUGUUGGUGUUACAUCAGCCAGAAACUAUUGAGCUGUGGAACCCUGACGCACCCAUUGAGACCUUCUGGGACAUCAGCUCCCAGGUCUUAUUUCUGAACUGCAAGAAGCUGAUUGGACAUCAGAUGAUCAACAGUACAGAGAUACUAAAGUGGCUCCGGGAGAUUCUCAUAUGUAGAAACAAGUUUCUUUUAAAGAACAAGGAAUGUGCCACACAGGGCAGUCUCAUCCUCAUCAGCAGACAGGCUCAGACCAAGCUGGAAGUGUGUCUCUACACCUUCCUGUGGAGCCCUGACGCAGAGGCUGUGUUGGUGGCCAUGUCCUGCUUCCGGCAUCUCUGUGAAGAGGCGGACAUCCGCUGCAAUGUGGAUGAGCUGCCCGUGCACAUGGUCCUACCCAAUUACAACACUUUUAUUGAGCUCGCCUCUGUCAGCAAUAUGAUGGCUACAGGCCGCAACACACUUCAGAAGAGAGUGAUGGCGCUGUUGAGGAGGAUAAAACGCCCUACAGCUGGAAAUGUAGAGGCAUGGGAAGACACGCAUGCAAAAUGGGAGCAAGCUACUAAACAUAUACUCAACCACCCGAAAAACAAAGUGGAAGAUGGACAGGAGUGGAUCAACAUGACCGGUUUCUUGUGUGCCCUGGGAGGGGUUUGUCUCCAUCAACGCAGCACCCCUAGCCUAGGCACCUACAGCCCUCCUAUGGGACCCCUAACCGAACGCAAGGGCUCCAUGAUCUCUAUGGGCUCUUGUGAGGUGAACAGCGAGACGUCUCUUAACAGGUUUCUGGACCGUCUGCUGGGUCUCAUGGUCUGUACACAUGAAAAGGUGGGCGUGCAGAUUCGAACCAACGUCAAAGACCUUGUGGGACUGGAGCUAAGUCCAGCUCUCUACCCUAUGCUAUUCACCAAGCUACGCAACAGCAUCGGCCGGUUUUUUGAGACCCAGGGUCCGGUUCCCAUUACAGACACAAACACGCUGUUUGUAGAGCAGACCAUCGCCAUCAUGAAGAACCUGCUUGACAGUCACACUGAAGGAAGCUCAGAGCACCUCGGUCAAGCCAGCAUUGAAACCAUGAUGCUCAACCUGGUUAGGUAUGUGCGUAUUUUAGGGAAUGUCGUCCAUGCCAUUCAGAUCAAAACUAAGCUGUGCCAGCUAGUGGAGGUGAUGAUGGAACGCAGGGACGACCUCUCCUUCUGCCAAGAGAUGAAAUUCAGAAAUAAAAUGGUGGAGUACCUCACAGACUGGGUGAUGGGAACCUCUAAUCAAGCAGCAGAUGAUGACAUCAAAUGUCUGACCCGGGAUCUGGACCAGGCGAGUAUGGAGGCAGUAGUGUCUCUGUUGGCUGGUCUUCCCCUGCAGCCUGAGGAGGGUGAUGGAGUUGAGCUCAUGGAGGCCAAGUCUCAGCUCUUUCUGAAAUACUUUACGCUGUUCAUGAACCUGUUGAAUGACUGCAGCGAGGUCGAGGAAGAUGGCCAACAGGUGGCAGGGCGGAAACGUGGGAUGUCUAGACGACUGGCAUCUCUCCGACACUGUACUGUGCUGGCCAUGUCUAACCUGCUCAAUGCUAACGUCGACAGCGGCCUCAUGCACUCCAUUGGUCUGGGGUACCAUAAGGACCUGCAGACACGAGCUACGUUCAUGGAGGUGCUCACUAAGAUCCUUCAGCAAGGGACAGAGUUUGACACGCUCGCAGAGACUGUGCUUGCAGACCGCUUUGAGAGACUUGUUGAGCUGGUCACCAUGAUGGGAGACCAGGGCGAGCUGCCCAUAGCCAUGGCACUGGCCAAUGUGGUCCCCUGCUCUCAAUGGGAUGAACUGGCCAGGGUGUUGGUGACACUGUUCGACUCUCGCCAUCUGCUGUAUCAGCUGCUAUGGAACAUGUUCUCAAAAGAGGUGGAGCUGGCCGACUCUAUGCAGACCCUCUUCAGAGGAAACAGCCUUGCGAGCAAGAUUAUGACCUUUUGCUUUAAGGUCUAUGGUGCUGCAUAUCUGCAGAAGCUUCUGGAGCCACUGUUGAGAGGAAUUAUUACCACACCGGAGUGGCAGCAAAUCAGUUUUGAAGUAGACCCUACCAGGCUCGAACCAGCGGAGAACCUGGAGGAGAACCAGAAGAACCUCCUGCAGAUAACAGACCGCUUCUUCCUGGCCAUUAUCAACUCUUCAAACGAGUUCCCUCCACAGCUGCGCAGUGUGUGCCACUGUCUAUAUCAGGUGGUCAGCCAGCGGUUUCCACAGAACAGUAUCGGUGCAGUAGGAAGUGCCAUGUUCUUGCGCUUUAUUAACCCAGCUAUUGUAUCACCGUAUGAGGCAGGCAUCCUAGACAAGAAACCUCCUCCUCGCAUCGAGCGUGGCCUCAAACUCAUGUCUAAGAUACUCCAGAGCAUUGCUAAUCAUGUACUGUUCACAAAAGAAGAGCAUAUGCGGCCCUUCAAUGAUUUUGUCAAAAGCAACUUUGAUGCAGCCAGAAGGUUCUUCUUUGAUAUUGCAUCUGAUUCUCCACCAAGUGACACUGUGAAUCACAGUCUAUCUUUCAUCAGUGACUGCAAUGUGCUCGCCCUGCAUCGUCUGUUAUGGAACAACCAAGAAAGAAUUGGCCAGUACUUGUCCAGCAACAGGGACCACAAGGCAGUGGGCCGCAGACCAUUUGACAAGAUGGCCACCCUCCUGGCCUACCUGGGCCCCCCUGAACAUAAGCCAGUAGCUGACACACACUGGUCCAGCCUCAACCUCUCCAGCUCAAAGUUUGAGGAAUUUAUGACCAGGCAUCAAGUCCAUGAGAAGGAGGAGUUUAAAGCUUUAAAGACGCUCAACAUCUUUUACCAAGCUGGCACGUCAAAGAAUGGCAAUCCUGUCUUUUAUUACAUUGCUCGCAGAGAUGCUGCAACAGAAGCAGUGGUUUUUGUGGUGGUGCUUGAUUUUCCGGUGGUGGUGGUUGUGCUGGUGCUCCAUUUGCCGGUGGUGGUUGAUGUGGUGGUGAUGCUUGACAUAUCUGUGUUGCCUGGUGUGCCCGUGUUGCCUGGUGUGCCCGUGUUGCCUGGUGUGCCCGUGUUGCCUGGUGUGCCCGUGUUGCCUGGUGUGCCCGUGUUGCCUGGUGUGCCCGUGUUGCCUGGUGUGCCCGUGUUGCCUGGUGUGCCCGUGUUGCCUGGUGUGCCCGUGUUGCCUGGUGUGCCCGUGUUGCCUGGUGUGCCCGUGUUGCCUGGUGUGCCCGUGUUGCCUGGUGUGCCCGUGUUGCCUGGUGUGCCCGUGUUGCCUGGUGUGCCCGUGUUGCCUGGUGUGCCCGUGUUGCCUGGUGUGGCCGUCGUGUUGCCUGGUGUGCCCGUGUUGCCUGGUGUGGCCGUGAUGCCUGGUGUGCCCGUGAUGCCUGGUGUGCCCGUGUUGCCUGGUGUGCCCGUGUUGCCGUGUUGCCUGGUGUGCCCGUGUUGCCCAGUGGUGCCUGGCAGGAUAGUGGUGCUUGGUGUGCCCGUGUUGCCUGGUGUGCUCGUGUUGCUUGGUGUGCCCGUGAUGCUUGGUGUGCUCGUGGUGACUGAUGUGUCUGUGGUGCCUGACGUGCUGCUAUUUGUAAUUAUUACAGCUACUAGUAGUAGUAGGAUUUGA